UGUUUAUUUGAAGCAUUUUGCCAUUUAUACAAAAAAGAAAAAGAGAGAGAGAGAGAAAAAGAGAGAGAAAAAGAGAGUUAAAAGAAGUGAAAGAAGAAGAAAAAAGGAGAGCAAAAAAAUACACACACACACACACACAAUGUUUGAAGGAGGAUCGGUAUCUGAGCAACUUCAUCAAUUCUUAACUCCAAGAACAACUCCACCACCACCACCAAAUUCUAAUUCUCUUCCUUUAAUUCCUCUUAAUUUUGCUCUUCAUUCUCCUAAUUUCAAUUUCCACCCUUUUGAUUCUUAUAAUGCUACUUCUACUACUCACCAUCAUCAUCAUCAAAUUCAUCUUCAUCAUCAUCCUCAUCAUCUUUUGCAUCAUCAAUCUCCGAAUCCUCAUGGCGACGACAAAAAUGACGACAAGACGACGACUACGGGAACUGGGAGUAAUUUGCAGGUGGGCGUAGAUUUGGAGGUCGGUAGAGAGAACAACAACAACAGAUCCAUUUUGAUGGAGGAUCAUCAUAUUAUUCAUUAUGAUCAAUGGAGCAAUGAUGAGCUUCUUGCCCUCCUUAGAAUCAGAUCCAACAUUGAAAAUUGCUUCCCCGAAUCCACUUGGGAACAUGUUUCAAGGAAGUUGGGAGAGGUGGGUUUUAGAAGGACUGCAGACAAGUGUAAAGAGAAAUUUGAAGAAGAGAGUAGAUAUUUCAACCACAUUAACUACAAUAAAAGUUGUAGGUUCCUCACUCAUGAGCUGAAUUAUAAUCACCAUCCAAAUCAAGAUCAAGAUCACCUUCUCCUGAUUCAUGAAGAGAACGGGAAACCAGACGAGGGUGGCCCCACCCUCGUUGUGGUACCAGAAGAAGGUGAAGAAGAAAACGAAGAUAAAGAUGGAGAACUUCAUGAGGAAGAAGAAGAAGGAGAAGAUUUGAGAAACAACAAAAUAAGAGCGGGGACGAAUAAUGAGGAAGAACGGAAUGAUAGUAGUAGAUCAAGUAGUUGCAAGAAGAGUAAGAAAAAGAGGAAAAUGAUGAGGCAAAAGGAAUUUGAAUUGUUGAAGGGUUAUUGUGAGGAAAUAGUGAAGAAAAUGAUGAUACAACAAGAGGAAAUUCACUCAAAGCUUUUACAAGACAUGUUGAAGAAGGAAGAAGAGAAGGUUGCUAAAGAGGAAUAUUGGAAGAAGGAACAAAUGGAAAGACUUCACAAAGAGCUUGAAGUGAUGGCCCAUGAACAAGCCAUUGCAGGUGAUAGACAAGCCACAAUCAUUGAAAUUUUGAACCAAAUCACCAAUUCAACCACUUUAAUUUCUUCAUCUCAUGAAUCCAAAAAAGACUUACAAAAUUUACUCCAAAGUUUGAAUAAUUACAACAAAAAUAACAAUAUCCCUAAUUCUACUCCUUCUUCCUCAUCCUUAAUCCAAUGCCAAACGUCAAGCCCCAACAAAAAACCACCUCAUGAAAAUUCAAACUCUUUCACUAGCCAAAAUGAUCCAAUUAAAAACCCUAAAAACAACCCUUGUUUAUCAACCCAAAUCCUUGAAGACCCAAAUUCCUUCAUCAAUAAUCAUUCGAACCCUAAAAGUAAAGAGAAGUUAGAUCAUGAGAGUGAAGACUUGGGAAAAAGAUGGCCAAGGGAUGAAGUGUUGGCUUUAGUAAAUGUGAGGUGCAAGAUGUACAAUAACAACACCAACAACAAUCAUCAAGAUGAAGGCCUAAGUGGUGGAGCGUCAUUAAAAGCUCCACUAUGGGAGAGAAUCUCACAAGGAAUGCUUCAAUUGGGUUACAAAAGAAGUGCCAAGAGAUGCAAAGAGAAAUGGGAAAACAUAAACAAGUACUUUAGAAAAACUAAAGAUGUCAACAAGAAGAGAUCUCUUGACUCAAGAACUUGCCCUUAUUUCCACCAACUCUCCACAUUGUACAAUCAAGGUGGAGGGAAUAGUACCUCCCUGGAAAACUGCCCGAUCGUUUCAUCGGAAAACCACUCCGACCACUCCGAAAACCACCUUGCAACUUCGUCCUAGAGAAUAUUUAAUUAGCACGGCUCAAAUAAUAAUGUAUUUUAAAUUUGUAUUUGAACCUUUUUUUAGGGAAGAACAUAUUUUGCUGAUUCUUUUCUUUUUCCUUUUUCUUUCUUUGUGGAUUAAUUUGUGAUGAUUUUUUUUAGGGGUAGCUGGGAUGGUUGGGUAAGGUGGGCAGUACUACUAGUAGUUUGCGGCUAUCGUCAUCUACGUUCAUUUUUUGUGUACUUCGUCUGAGCACCGACACAGGGUGAGAAGUUAGAACCUAAAUUUAAUUCAACCAA